CCAGCCGUUCUGCCGUUCAGCCAGCCGUCCUGCCAUCCAGCCAGCCAUCCUGCCGUCCAGCUAGACUGCAGCUGCCUGCUUGCUCUAGCCAAAGAUUAGGGAAGGUCAUAGCCAUUUGGCCAGCCCAGUGGUGAAGCAGAAAUAGUCUGAAGAGGUGCCCCAGGUUCCAUCCUACUGAUCAAUGGCCCCUCCCAAGGGUAGGAAGGUCAAGAAUCGGCCCACUGUCCUAGAUGGGGAGCCUGUGCUGACCUUCCAUGAGGGUAAGAUGCGCAAGGGUGAGUGUAUUCAGGGGGAUGUAGUGGACAAACGCGUGAAAUACCUGGUCCGUUACCCAAUUAGGAGUCGUGGUAUCAGUGCAUCCCUGAGAGUGGCUAUGACCCGUCUCUUUGGGUGGGCCCCACCAGCCCCCAAGCCAGGACCCACCCCAAGUGGCACAAGGCCCUGGUACAGUCUCUGCAGUAGCAGCAGCCACAUAGGCAUAGCCAUGCCCCGGAGGGGGUGUGGUAAGAGGAGAGGCAAGAGGUCUGUAGGCGCAGGGGAAGCCAGGCCUAGCACCAGCAGCAGCAUGUUCUCUACUGGGUUUCACUGCCCAGUAGCUCCUGAAUGGGAGUAUGAAUGGGUCCCAGAGGGCCGGGUUCUCCGCUACACCACCAUGCACAGGCAGAAGGACAGUAAUGCUGCCCUCCAGAUGGCUGCCAAGGGCCUGCUGCAGGGGGAGUGCCCUGGUGCCUCCUCUGGGGCCCAGGGUGACCAAGGUGAAGGCUGCCCUUCUGGGGCUCCAGAGGUACAGCUGCCCUGCAAACACAAGCAAAAAAGCGGGCCCUCAAGUGGAAAAGGGCGAUGGAAAGGGAAAGGAGCUGCAGGGAAGCCUGAACACAGGUGCCUAGGCAAGCUAGAAGUCCAGAUCCGCUUGCCCAAGGCCCUGAAGCCCCUGCUCCUGCAAGAUUGGAAGCUGGUAACUGUCAAGAAGAAGCUUUUCACCCUACCUGCCAAGAAGCCGAUGAAUGCCAUCCUGGCAGACUAUGUUGCCUCCCAGAAAAACUGCACAACUGCAUUCAAGACAUAUGCCAUCGAUGAACUGGUGGUCACACUCCAAGAGUUUUUUGACAUGGUGCUAGGCACGCAGCUUCUCUACCAGUUCGAGAAGCUUCAGCACCGCCAGAUCCUGGCCCGCCAUCCCCAGGCCCACAUGUCCCACAUCUAUGGGGGUGCCCACCUGCUGCGCCUCUUCCCACAGCUGGGGCCCAUGCUGGCCUGUGCUCCCUUGGGGGCUGGUAGUCUGCAUGUGCUGCUGAGCCAUUUGCAAAAUUUCCUGAAAUAUUUUGCCAGCAAUCCUUCUCUAUUGUUUAAUGCCGCCACUGACUACCCGGUGGCCUCUGCUGAGUACCAGCAGAAAGCGGGUUGAGGGCAUGGUAAUCUUUGCUACUCACUUGUCAGAUUUGCUUUUCUCCCGAGUUAUUGGUCUGGAUCUUACAAAAAUGAUUACUAACAUUGUGCUUGUGUUAGUUCAGGGUCUAUGUUUUUCCUCUAAGUUUGCUGUUGACUACUUCUACUGAGGAAGCCCCUUUCCUCCUUGCAGAGCAGCUUUGUAGCGCCCAGGUGAAAUCCGCAUUGUUAGCCGGGUUCUUUGCAGUCUUUCGGAUCCAUCUCAGCACCUGUAUUAAUGUUCUGUG